ACACUGCGUGGCGAUCUUUUGAUAAAAACAGCUGUUAGAACUUGGCUGGUAUGUGUUCGCCAUGAGCGCUGCAACGAGAGGCAACGACUUUGAGAUUCGCGUGUGUGGUGUGGAGGAUGGCGACAGAAUGAUGGAGUUCCUCCUGGAGCACUACUAUCGGGAGGAGCCACUUACUGCCGGCUGUGCGCCCCCCGAGCCAGAUGAGAAGGAUAAACAAUUUCUGCUCUCCAAUUUACCACAUGGCACCUGCCUUCUAAUGCUCCACAAUGAUCGCAUUGUGGCCGCCGCCGUCGCUGGUCCCAAGGAUGCCGGCGCGGUGGAUGAACUGUUCGAGCAGGCCGCACAGCUGGCCGGCACCAAAUGGGGUCGUAUUCUGGGCAUUUUGGCCAUUGCAGAGCGAGAUGCGAACGUCUUCAAGCGCUACGGCGUGGACAAAGCUCUACACGUGCACGCUAUUGGCGUGGACUCGCGAAUGCGUGGACGUGCUCUAGGUGAGCGACUCAUGAACGCCCUCACUGCCCUGGGCAAAGAGCUGAGCUAUCCGUUGCUUACCGCCGACUGCUCCAGCUUCUACUCCAGCCGCCUGCUGCAGCGACUCGGCUUCGCCGUGGUCAACAGAAUACCCUACACAGACUACGUGGACGACGCUGGGGAGCAGAUCAUUCGACCACCUGAGCCCCAUCUGGCCUUGGAGACGGUCGCUCUGCGCUUAUAGCUCUAUUUGGCAAGAGCGAGACGGACUGAGCGGCAGAGGUCGACCUUAUCUAAAUUAUAAAUGAGAAACAUUUGCCCAAGACAUCAUAAAUAUUUGACACUGAACCAAAUGCUCGGUUAUUGGACAUAUACACUAUAUACAUACAUUCGUAUAUUUAUAUGUUAUAUGUUUAUAUGUUCAUAAGUAGAAGAAAUUAUGUAACUCGAGAUUUUAUAUUUAUAUGUGUAAGUGCGACAACACGAACUAUGUAUGCAGUCAUAUGUAUGUAUGUAUGUAUGUAUGUUUGUAUGUAUGUUUGUAUGUUUGUAUGUACAUACAUGUGUCUGGCUUUAAAGGGUUCGUUACUCAACUAGAUUUACGACAGUUACGCCCAUAGAAGCUAUAGAUUGUAGUAAACCGAUAGGCAUUUGACUUAUUAAAACAUAAACUAGA